CGCGGCCCCGGUGCGGGCCGCCUACCCCGCAGUCCCGCGGCCUCCUAUGGGCGGUGCCGGCGCUCCGGCCCCCGCGGCGCUGCACGCCCGUCCCGCUCGGCCUUAGCAUGGGCACGGUGCUCUCCCUGUCCCCCGCCGCCUCCUCGGGCAAGGGCGGCGGCGGCGGGGGGCUCCUGGCCGACAAGGCGCCGGGAAGGGUGCCGGGGAAGGGCGAGAGCCGGCUGAAGCGCCCCGGGGUGCUCAUCUCGGCGCUCACCUGGAAGCGGCUGGUGGCCGCCUCGGCGAAGAAGAAGAAGAGCACGAAGAAGGUGACGCCGAAGCCCGGCGGCGGGGCCCCGGGGGGGGGCCCGGGCCAGCCCGACCCGCUGGUGGUGCAGCGCAACCGCGAGAACUUGCGCAAGUCGCUGGGGGGGCCGCCCGACGGCGCCAAGCAGGGCCCGCUGGCCGUGCCGGUGCCCACGGUGCCCUCGGCGCAGCAGGAGCUGCACCCGGGCUCCGGCGGGGGCAAGCCGCCGCCGCCGGCCGGCAGCCGCGCCCCGGGCUCGCCGCGCCGCGUGGUGGUGCAGGCGUCCACCGGCGAGCUGCUGCGCUGCUUGGGGGACUUCGUGUGCCGCCGCUGCUACCGGCUGAAGGAGCUGAGCCCCGGCGAGCUCAUCUCCUGGUUCCGCAGCGUGGACCGCUCGCUGCUGCUCCAGGGCUGGCAGGACCAGGGCUUCAUCACCCCGGCCAACCUGGUGUUCGUGUACCUGCUGUGCCGGGAGGCGCUGCGGGGCGAAGACAUCGGGACCCAGGCCGAGCUGCAGGCCGCCUUCCUCACCUGCCUCUAUCUCGCCUACUCCUACAUGGGCAACGAGAUCUCCUACCCGCUCAAGCCAUUCUUGGUGGAGGGCGACAAGGGGCGCUUCUGGGAGCGCUGCCUGGGCAUCAUCCAGCGCCUCAGCGCCAAGAUGCUGCGAAUCAACGCGGACCCGCACUACUUCACGCAACUCUUCCAGGACCUCAAGAGCGAGGGUGAGGGCGGAGACGGGCCCAAGCACUGGACGAUCAGCUUGGACCGCUAGGAGGUACCGGGCCCCCGGCGCCAGGUGCAGAAAGGGCCGCGCACCGCGGGGCGGGGGAGGCGGAGGACUGCCGGAUCCUUCCUCCCCGCCAGCCUCCGUGCCUCCCCCCUCCCCGGCCGCCAGCUCCGCGGAGAUGCUGUCUGGACCCUCCCUGCUCCGGAUCCGGCCGCUGCCCCGCUCCCAACCCCAGCAGGGGGCUGCGCUCCGGGACACCGAGACGGCGGAGAAGACCGGAGUGGGGUGGGGGGGUCCCCUCCUGUCUGCGCGAUGGGGAAGGGGGGAGGCUGGCGGGGAGCGGAGGCUCCUGC